UAAUAUAUUUUAGUAUGCUGGGAUUUGUAGUUCAGUAGCCGGUAGUUCAGAUCCCCUGUUCCCCUUAUUUUUAUUACUGAUUUACUGUCCCGGCCAUUCCUUAUUCACCUUCUAUCUUACCAGCUAAGCAACUGCCUGGUUGCUAGGGUACAUGGGACCCCAAUCUGAGCAGCUGCUGAGCCUAAAAAACAAAAAGAAAGCGUCGCUGUGCCUUUAAGGCCCUGUCUAUAGGAUGAUAUGGGAUGUCACUGUGAGUGACACAAGUGACAGCUGUGGGACAGAGGGGCUGGGGUGGGGGGGACACGUUGGUUACAGGGUCUCCGAGACAAGACGAUCCAGUUUCUUCCCUUAGGAAACGUUACAUCCUGUCUGUAAAUAACUUGCCCCUUCCGACUGUCGGUCUGUGCCAGCGGGCAGCGAUGGAGCCGGGCGUCUGCUUUCUGUCUCUACUAAUCCUGCUGCACAAUUCCUUGGCCAAUGAGAGCGAGGAGAGCCGGCUGAUAAAGUACCUGUUUACCAACUACGACUCCAAAGCUCGUCCUUCCAAAGGCAUCGAUGAUGUUGUCCCCGUGUCUCUGAAGCUCACACUAACCAACCUCAUUGACUUGAAUGAGAAAGAAGAAACCCUAACGACCAAUGUGUGGGUGCAGAUAGCAUGGCAAGAUGACCGUCUAACCUGGAAUGAGACAGAAUACGGAGGCAUGCCUCUUGUACAAGUUCCGCACGAUAUGAUGUGGCUUCCCGAAAUUGUCCUCGAAAAUAACAUUGAUGGGAACUUCGAGGUGGCUUACUAUGCCAAUGUGUUGGUGCACAGCACCGGAUAUAUCUAUUGGCUUCCGCCUGCCAUAUUCAGGAGCACCUGCAGCAUCGAGAUCACUUACUUUCCGUUCGACUGGCAAAACUGCUCGCUGGUGUUCAGAUCGAAGACUUAUAGUGCUAAUGACAUAGAUCUCCAUCUAGUUGCCGAUGACGAGACUGGAUUACCUUUUGACCAGGUGGACAUCGAUCGUGAAGCCUUCACAGAGAAUGGUGAGUGGGCAAUAAUGCAUCGUCCUGCCAGAAAGAUUGUGAACCCCAAGUACUCUAAAGAAGACCUGAGGUACCAGGAGAUUGUCUUCAUCCUCAUCAUCCAGAGGAAGCCUCUAUUCUAUAUCAUCAACAUCAUCGUUCCAUGUGUCCUCAUUUCAUCGUUGGUAGUGCUGGUUUACUUCCUACCGGCCAAAGCUGGUGGGCAGAAGUGUACGGUGUCCAUCUCCGUCCUCCUGGCACAGACCGUCUUCCUCUUCCUUAUUGCCCAGAUGAUCCCCGAGACGUCGCUCAGCGUGCCGCUCAUCGGCAAGUACCUGAUGUUUGUCAUGUUUGUGUCGACACUAAUUGUCCUGAGUUGUGUCAUCGUCCUUAAUGUGUCUCUCCGGUCACCGAGUACUCACACCCUGAGCUCCAAAGUCAAGCAUAUGCUUCUGGAGGUGCUGCCCCAGUUCAUCCAUUUGCGGGUGGAGCCCUGUGAUGAGGGAGAGGAGACCCCGCGGGAGCGCAGGAGGAGCUCGCUGGGAAUCAUGCUGAAGGCGGAGGAGUACGUGCUGAAGAAGCCCAGGAGUGAGCUGAUGUUUGAGAGGCAGAGGGAACGGCACGGGAUGAGGAGGGAACCCGACGGGUACAGGGCUGAUGGAUUUGAUGUUGGGGUGACCACCACUCUAUACCGGAACCUGGCACAGUGCGCCCCAGAAAUCAAGGACUGUGUGGAUGCCUGUAACUUCAUUACCCAGAAUACCAAGGAUGAUAAUGCGACUGGCGCUGAGAUGGAGAACUGGGUUCUGAUCGGGAAGGUUCUAGACGUGCUGUGCUUCUGGGUGGCGCUGCCGCUGUUCGUGCUCGGGACACUCGCCAUCUUCCUCAUGGGUCACUUUAACGCUGUCCCAGAACAUCCCUUUAAAUGAGACGAUGGCGUUUGUGGCCCUUAUAUAAUCCCACAGGGGCCACAGGAGAGAGAAGGGCCGGCACGAGACGCUCUGAUUGGACGUGGCUCCUGGAUACACUGAAUAUGGGUCCUUUGUAUCGGGCCCCUCAAUGCAUUGUGCGCUAUACGUACGGAGCAGUACAGCCUGGGGGGCUCAUACGGUGCAAUGGGAUUGGCCAUAUGGUGUGUGGGGGAGGUGGGGGGUUCCAAGGCCUUGAACCCCUUUAGAUACAGGGGUUUAUUGGAUUGUAUUUCCCCAUGCGUGUGUAGGGGCAGAUUGCGUACAAUCUGAUCAUUUGGGCCACUCCAUUCAAUAAAGUAGUGACCUACACAGAUGUU